GUUGUUCCUGAGGUGGGAGGCGGCACCCGUGGCUGAGCAAGGGGCCCGCAAGCGACAUGUCUCCGGCGGUUGAGGCGGAACGGCCAGUGGCGCUGUGUGAUUGAGUCCGGGGCGGCCUGGCGGCCUGCCGAGGACGAGGGUCGGCGGGGGCUGCACCCGCAUUGGUGGCCGCCAUGCUGAGGCCCUGGGCGGUUGAAGGAGCCGCUGUGGCGCUUCUGCGACUACUACUGCUGCUGCUCCCGGCGCUCCCCGAGCCCGGGCUCGGCGUGGCUCGCGCGGCUGGGGCCGGGCUGCCCGAGAGCGUCAUAUGGGCCGUCAACGCGGGCGGCGAGGCGCAUGUGGACGUGCACGGGAUCCACUUUCGCAAGGACCCUUUGGAAGGCCGGGUGGGCCGAGCCUCAGAUUAUGGCAUGAAACUGCCAAUCUUGCGUUCCAAUCCUGAGGACCAGAUCCUCUAUCAAACAGAGCGGUACAAUGAGGAGACUUUUGGCUAUGAAGUGCCCAUCAAAGAAGAAGGGGACUAUGUGCUGGUGUUGAAGUUUGCUGAAGUGUACUUUGCACAGUCCCAGCAAAAGGUAUUUGAUGUACGACUGAAUGGCCAUGUUGUGGUGAAGGACUUGGACAUCUUUGAUCGUGUUGGACACAGCACGGCUCAUGAUGAAAUCAUCCCUAUGAGCAUCAGAAAGGGGAAACUGAGUGUACAGGGGGAGGUGUCUACCUUCACAGGGAAACUCUACAUUGAGUUUGUCAAGGGGUACUAUGACAAUCCCAAAGUCUGUGCACUCUACAUCAUGGCUGGGACAGUGGAAGAUGUACCAAAGCUGCAGCCUCAUCCAGGAUUGGAGAAGAAAGAAGAGGAAGAAGAAGAAGAAGAAUAUGAUGAAGGGUCUAAUCCCAAAAGACAGACCAAUAAGAACCGGGUGCAGUCAGGCCCCCGCACACCCAACCCCUAUGCCUCGGACAACAGCAGCCUCAUGUUCCCUAUCCUGGUGGCCUUUGGAGUCUUCAUUCCAACCCUCUUCUGCCUCUGCCGAUUGUGAGAAUAAAUGACCAUCCUGAGCAGGGUGGAGGGGAGUGGGAAAGAAACCAAACAUGUUGGUUUUGGUUUCUAUAUUUUUCACAAUGAUUUAACACCCCCCCCCCCCCCAACAAAAAAAAAGAAAAAAGAAAAAGAAAACCCCACAGACACAAAUGGUAAAGGAGAUAAAAAGAGGCUGAGUGAGUGGAGAAUAGCUUUCAUCUACCACCUGGUCCCAGACCUGUUUCAGUCCUAGUCUCUCUGUGGCUGGCCCCCAGCUGUCUCUUUCCUCUCUGGGGUACUUAGGGUAAAUGGGUCCUUCUCAACAAGGAUCCUCAUUUAUAUACAUAGUGGAAAGGACUCUGAACUCAGAGCAGUCUUGGUUCCUUAUUUAGAUUAGAAUUUAGCAGCAAGCAGAUGUCAUCUUUAUUACCUGAAAAGACCAGCAAGGAGAGCUGGAUAUGUUCUGAAGUCGUGGCCACAUUGUCAGAUGUCUUGGGAUUCAAAGAAUGUGUUUGUGCAGGUGUAUAAGAUGUAUGGUAAAGACAAAAGGAAUUGAAAAAAAAAAUUUUUUUUAAGUAAAUGCUUCCUUACUUGGAAGACUUUUUCUUGAUUAAUCCAGUGAUGGGUCCAUCUCAAGUAUUUGAGCUUUAUUGUUACUUAUCUCCUUGCCAUGUGCUAGUUAGAGGACUGUCUGGUAUCCAAGAUGAUUAGAUUAGUUUUAUGUCAGGUCCUCAAAUUGCCUCUCACUUGUUACCACAGCAAAUCAUUUUUAUUUUAGUGCCUGUUGGGGACUUGAUUUCAGUUUUUUUUUUUUCUUAAUCUGGCUCAUUUGGAAUUUCUGCUACCUGUUAGCCAUCUCACUAAGUUAUUACCAAAAAGGGAAGGAAACAUGGAGGUUUCAUUCUCUGCUCAAAUGUCUUAUCCUCCACCACCUCACCUUAUUGGUAUCUCCCUCCCUGGAUCUCUGAGCCAGCAGCCAGGAAGACCUGACCCAGCAGUUCUAUACUGGCCCUUUUGUAGGGUCUGCUGCCAGGGAACAGGGACACUUUCCAGCCUGCAGCAACAGAACACUUGACCUUAAAAGUCUCUUCUGGUCUUUGAUUAGAAAAGGCUUAUGUUAGCAUAAUUUAAGAGCAGCCUCAGAGACUUGAGCCCUACUAAGUGACUGACCACUGUUCAGAGUGUCUAGUAUCUCAUGUUCAUUUAUUCCCAUGUCCUUUGUCACAGUUCAGCCAGGAACUAGGCUUCCCCUAGGUAACAAGAACGAGUGACUGGAUCAGCCCAGCAGUUUCUUGUUGAUCUUAAUAGUAUGCCUCUCCAUCCUUUUAUCUCCUUAUCCAAGUAGCAGUCAGGUUUCAAAAGAUUCCCAGUUGGCCUAUUGUUGGCAGCUCUGAAAGCUAACCUUAGCAUCUAAGUGUCUGUCUUGAAUUCUUGGCAAAUUUUCUGCAGGAAAUGAAGCUUCCUUGUUCCCCUCCUUUCUGAACACAGGUCAUCCUCUUCCCAGUUAGGGCAACAUGAGGUAGGAGCCAGCCAAUCUGAGAGGAAUUUUGUGGAUGGGAGGCAGAGGAUUAGCUUUAGUUUGGGCUAGAGCAAUACAGAAUUUCAGGCCAGGCGCAUAGUUUUGGAGUGUGUUUAAUUUUGAGUUUGGUUUAUUGGAACUUCAUGUAUUUGAGCUAUUCUUUAUGGGACAAAGUAAAUAGCUCCUGGGUUCAUGUCCUGGCUUUGGCUCUUAAUGAUUAUUCCAGGCCAGUGUUUAGUCAUUGAGAAUCGUAACCCCUUAUUUUCACUGUGACUUGGGCCUCUGUCCUAAGGUACUAAGUCAGGUAGCUGAAUGGCUAUGGCCUGAAGCAGCAGUCAGGAGCAUUUCCUGGAGUGCUUCCGAAGCUUCUCUGCUUCUAAAGGAAGAAGUACUGUAGCCUUGGUUUUGGGGACCACCUGCCUAGGACAUUAGAUGUCCGGACUAGUUGGGCUUUUGAUGGUGGCUUUGGUUCUAGUUCUAUCAUAACUCCCAAAGCUGUGGGCCUCUGUCAGUGGAUAAGGCAAAAUGAAGGACUAGUUGUCUACAUUUUGCCUUGUUAGUUUGCCUGGAUCUCUUAGGAAGGAGGGAUCCUGCCACCUCACCUCAGCCCAACCCUUCAGUGACUCAGUGUCUCAGAAGGAAGCCUUGACUCCUGGGGCCAUUUCCUAAUGGUACUGUAAGCCAAGCAGCUUUGCUUCUGCUUGUUUCCAAGCCCACCCCUUUCCCAAGGGAUAGGGAUAGGUGCUUUCCUCUCUGGUUGUGUCCAAAAGGAAGGAACAUCUUUCUGUGGCAACAAAAGCUAAAGAGGAAGUGAGGAAAUGGGAAGAAGCGUGGUGGGGGCUGGUAGAUUCCCUGCAGCUGAGCCCACCCAGCUCACAAGCGCUGCCUAGGGCUGGCCAUAGCCAGCUCGUGAUGCUGAACUUGAAAACUUUUCCCUUGGCUCCUCCAAGAUGAUAUAGGUACAUGAAAUUUAGGUUAAAGAGGUGGGAUGGGGUGUGCUUUAUGUUUAUUUCUGAAUUGUGUUAUGUUAAUUACUAUUCAUCUUUGCUUUUUGCACUGUGUGUUCCCCGUCUGUAUUUUUGAACUAGUGAGAGAACUGAGAGGCUGCACUUACAGUGAGGGAGGUGAGGCCUGGGCAUCUCUACUUGAUUUAACUCUGUCGUAGGUUUUAGGGCUCAGUGGGCCCAGCAGGUCAAGAAAAGAAUAGCCACGUGCCUCUAGUCCUGUUACUGUCAGUAUGUAGAGAUGUCGGCUGAAUAUGGACCGAGUGUCUGUGGUCUGGUCUGGUCUGGUCUGGGCCAGGGGCUAGCCAGUCUCUGAUGGGGUCUUCCUCAUGCUGAUGGAAAUAUUGUGCCAAGAGACUAUCUGUGGGGUCCAUGUCCCCUAAACCAAAUCCACUUUUCUGAAAAGUCUCCACUCCUGAGCAGGAAACAUUGCUCAGUGGAUACCCUGAGCUCUGGUGAUUUUAAAGGUAAUCUCCAAGUGACCUUGGUUUCUGACUCCAGGAGGACCAGCCCUGACCUGCAGGGCCUUCUGUGGCUUGCAGGGCAAGGUCAUGUUCUCUGGCUCCCACAGACCUGGAGAUACUGAGGUCACAUUAGGUCUUGUGGGCUUUGAUGAGAUGGGGUAGUUCUGUGCCUGGGAACUGUUUGAUCCAGUGUUGGAAGUGUGACUUGACUUCUUUAUCUUUUUGGAGAAGCUUCUGUUUUAAGGAAUUUCUCUUUUUGUCCUGCCUAGCCUCUUCUGGGAAGGCCUAACCCUGGCUUCUAGAGUCUCAGCUGAGAACUUCAGAAAACAUCAGUAUUUUCCUUUUCCUAGCACUUAGGUCCCUUUCCCUAGAAAUUGGCUCACCAGGGGAUGCCCAAGGAAAGAACUAGAAGGUUCUCUCCCCUCCUUGGGCACUGGGGAAGGACCCACCCCGGUCAGCACAGUGCCUUUUCCUCUCCUGCUCUGAGCCAGGGUGGGUGUUCCCUCUAGAUUCAGGUGUGUGUGUUGGGGGCUUCUACAGUCCUGGUCUCGGGCCUGCUUUCCUAUGCCACUUCCCCUUGGCUGGCCUACUCUGACAUAAUUCAAGUGUCUUCUUGCCUUGAGAAGCCUUAAUGGCAUCAAGUGGCAACAUGUAACAUUGCCCUCCAUGCCACUAAAAGGACUUAAGGGAGAGCAAGUGAGAGACUUAAUAGAUGCUCCUGUUUUGUUUUGUUUCUUAAAGAUAGGGCUGGGGAGGUGUGCUUUGGGCCUCUUGCUGUGGCCCCUGAGGAAGGAAACGGGUAAGACUAAGCACGUGAGGGCACUGAAGCAGAGCCAGCAACACCACGGAUCUACUCAAAAACCUGCCUCUUUUUGGGGGAGGAUAUAAUUAGGGAUCAAAGAGCUCUAAGAAAAUUGCAAAGAAGCCUUAACGUUCAAGCUUCGGAGAGACCCAGAGCUGUUUUCCCUUUCAGUUUGAGCUAGGACUCUGUAUUUGGACCUUACCUGGGGCAAGAGGGCUGUUUCCUUAUGCUGUUACAAGACAUGCUUGGCCCCGGGGAGGGCAGGGCUCUGCGCAGAGGAGGCUUGCUGCCCUUCUGGUUUGUCCUUCCCUAGCUGCUUUGUCCUGUUCACUUUGGGCAGGCAAAUCGGCCAAAUUGUCUUGAUAAGAGCAGAUUUGGGGACUGGUUGGGUUGGCAGGAAAAGAGCAGGCUGGAUCUCUUGGGGCGAGUUUCUCCCGGGAGUAUGAAAACAAGGAGCCAGGACUGUGCUGGCAGCUAGGGAAGCACUCGUGCCUGCUCAAGUUGGCAGAGAGGGCCUUGGCACCAUGCACAUCCAGGCAGUCUUGUGAGAUGGGAGCAUGUACCACCCAGAAAGGCAGAGCUCCAUUCUCACCUCUAUUUUGAGCUUCAGUGCUUUAUUUCAAUAUGAGGAAAAACAACAACAAACUGAAGUGUGCUUUCCGUCCUUUCAAAGAACAACUGUCGGGAAAGGAGAGCUAAGAUGCCAGAUAGGAGGGGAGAAUUGGCAGGAGAGACAUUUUGGCAAAACCAGGAAAGACAUUCUUGACUUCCCUGGUGUGUCAUGAUCCAGGGAAUGAGAAGAAAUUGGACCCUGGAUUAGCUCCCUCCUUGGAUUUGAGGAACGUUACCUUUCCCUUCCAUGAAGGUCUCCCAGGCUAGGACCAGCUGCCCAUUCUGAGCUCAGGGCAGUCUCUUCAACCAUCAUUGGCCUAACCUGGCUUGUCAGGAACCAACCCUGCCCUUCCUGUGCUCUAUUUGGUACCAAGUAUUGGUGAAAAAGUGUCAAGUCCUUGGUAGUUCCUACUCUCCUUUCCCAUCCUCUCCCUGCAGAGGUCAAACAACUCUUUGUAGCUACAACAUACAUUUACAGCAGCAGCACAGCAAGAUGUACUUGCGGGGCUUUGAACCUGGCUGGCCAGGGAAGCAGUGGGGGUAGAUAGAGCUGUCUUUCCUUCUGGGCUGUCUCCAUCUGUCCCUACCCCUUCCGCGCCCCACCCCACUCCCACCAAAAAGUAAAAACAUCAGGAUGUUUUUCACUGUCCAUUGCUUUGUGUUUUAAUAAACAAUUUGCAGUGACA